AUGGAAAUUUCUAACACAGAUCAUCAGUCGUUUUUAGCUUCAGAACUUUAUUUUUUGAUUGCUAAGUUUUUAAGUGGAGGACCAUGUACUAAGGCAUUAGAAGCUCUAACUGAAGAAUUGGAAUAUAAUAAGUUAUUACCACCAAGAUAUGAUUGGAAAGGAAAUAAAUUUCCCCAAUCGUUCAGUCAAUUGUCUGUAAACUAUCCGCAUAUUGGUCCAGAUCAUUUAUUAGCAAUAUGCAACAGAAUUUGUCCAAUUUUGGAUAAAGAGUUUCCUCCCAGUGUGCCAGGAAUUGUAUCUUUACUAGGAGCUAGUAGGCAAAGUUUAUUAAGAAUCUCAUCUGUUCCACAUUCGAUUCCUGUAUCUCGUUAUUCAGCUAGACGAAAUGGCAAACCUUGUUCUGAUGCAGCAGAUUUUAAAUCAGUUCAUCAUAUGGGGCGCCGAAAUUCAGGACCUUUUACCAGAAAACAAGCAAUGCAAACAAAUUUUUUUAGCCACUUACAACUUCAUAAUCGUACUUUGGGUCAUUUAUCUGCAGUAUACUGUCUUUUGUUUGAUAGAACUGGUCAAUUUGUUUUUACAGGAGCAGAUGAUUUGCUAGUAAAAGUGUGGAGUACAAUAAGUGGUAGAUUACUAGCAACUCUUAGAGGAGCAUCAUCGGAAAUUACAGAUAUGGCUGUUAAUGUAGAAAAUACAUUGCUGGCAGCUGGAAGUUUAGAUAGAGUGCUCAGAGUUUGGUGCCUACAAAGUACUGCUCCUGUGGCAGUUUUACUUGGACACACAGGAAUGAUUACAGGUGUCAAUUUUUGUCCUGGGGCUUCGGGAGAUUUGAGAUAUUUAACAUCUACAAGCACAGACGGUUCUGUUGCUUUUUGGGUGUACAAUCAUCACCCGAUUGGACAAGAAACCACUUUUCAAGGUCGUCCUGUAAUUUAUAAUGAAAAAAUGCGGCCAGGAGGAGCUCAAAUGAUUUGUUCAUCAUUUAGUCCAGGAGGUAGUUUUUUAGCUGCCGGAAGUGGUGAUCAUCAUGUUAGAAUAUACAAUAUGAAUGGAAGUGAGGGACCUACCAGAAUAUUUGAAAUAGAAGCUCACUCUGAUAGAGUCGACUCAAUUCAAUGGGCUCAUAAAGGUUUAAGAUUUGUUUCCGGCUCAAAAGAUGGAACUGCAUUAGUUUGGCAGUUUAGACGCCAGAAAUGGGUAAAUUUGCGCCUUGAAAUGACUACAAAGUUACCAGGGGCUCCUGUUACUGAAGAAGAUGGAAAGUUAAAGCCCAGGGUUUCGAUGGUUUGUUGGGAUAGAUCAGAUAAAUACAUAGUAACAGCUGUGCAUGACGCUACAUUUAAAGUAUGGGAUUCACACUCAGGGAAAUUAAUUCACAUUUUAAAAGCACAUCGAGAUGAAGUGUUUGUGUUAGAAGCUCAUCCUUUUGAUCCCAGUAUAAUGUUGAGUGCCGGUCAUGAUGGAUUAAUAUGUGUUUGGGAUAUCACUCGUGGAAUUGAUUUAAUGCAAUAUCAAAACAGUAUAGAUGGUCAAGGACACGGUGCAGUCUUUGAUGCCAAAUGGUCUCCUGAUGGAACCAUGUUUGCAGCCACAGACUCUCAUGGGCACAUAUUAGUUUUUGGCUUUGGUUCUGGUAGCGACAAAUUAAAAAAGUUACCUCGGGAACUAUUUUUCCACACGGAUUAUAGGCCUCUUGUGAGAGAUGCUAAUCUUGGUGUUCUAGACGAGCAAACUCAAACAGCUCCUCAUUUAAUGCCCCCUCCUUUUUUAGUAGAUGUUGACGGAUGCCCCUACUCACCAGAUCUUCAAAAAUUGGUGCCAGGAAGGGAAGAUUGUAAAAUUGAACAACUUGUGCCUAACGUUGCUUUUGGUAAUGAAGGGCAGCAAGAAGUUUUAGAAGGAUUACCAAGUGAGCCCCCUAGAUCUAAUAUAGAUCACAUGAUUCAAGCUUUAGUAAAUCGUCAGUAUGGUCAGUCAAAUUUAAGGCAAUCUUCUUUCGGAAGUUCUCGAUCUGUACGUAGGGAUGGAGAAGGUGUUAGAUUUUCAAGCGGUGAUUGGGAAAGUGGUUCUUGCAUGACAUGGAAAGCAAGAACUUUAUUAAAGCCCUUGCCUCCAAGAAUUCUUGAACAAACAAGACUGAAACUUGAUGCAAUAGCUGCCGAAGAAAUGGAUGAGUUUAAUAAGGAAAGUCGACUUAGAGAAGAAACUCCACCCAAACCUGUGUUAGAUGAUCGACCAAAAAGAAAGGGGAGGCGCAGAGGAGCCUAUCAAACACGUGCAACCAGAGAAGAGAAUAUAAUAGAGAAUUCAGAAAAUGUUAGUCUAUCUGCUUCGACAUCAACUUCUUCCAUGUCAGAUUCUUUCGCCAAUUCAGAUUUGGGAUCAGAAUCAGAUUCAGACGAAAAUUCGGAAUAUUCUGAUUGGAUUGCCGAUCACGGAGUUUCAUUAGAACCCCCUAAAAGAUCAAAAAGAAAACGUGUACCACGAAAAAUUUCUCCUUCUCCAUCUCCUCCUCCCAGAAGGAAAGCUAAAGACACUAAAGAACCAAAUCCACCGCCGGGAAUCAAUGGUGUUGGAGAGGUUCCAUUUGAAUUUCAACCUCCAAAGUGGUUGUCUGAAGUUGUGCCUCGAAAAGCUCCUUAUUACCCUCAAAUGGGAGACGAAAUUAUGUUUUUUUAUCAGGGUUAUAUUUAUUAUUUAGAAGCCGUCCGAGCAAAACAAGUGUAUAAAAUAGCUGGGCGACAAGGUCUUUCAAAACUCAAGCUCCCGGAACCUGUUUUAGUUAAAGUAGUGGGAAUAAAAUAUGAAAUCAGACCUCCACGGCUGUGCUGUCUUCGACUGGCGGUUUUAAAUGAUUCCGGCUCAUUAUCUGAUUCUAGGGAAUUUUUUAAUAUAAAAUAUCAUGAUAUGCCUGACGUUAUUGAUUUUUUAGUGUUAAAACAAACGUACGACACUGCCAUUCAGAGAAAUUGGAAGCCAGGAGACAGGUUUAGAUGUAUGAUAGAAGAUUCGUGGUGGGAAGGAAAAGUAGUUGCGAAAAGGCCUCACGAUCCCGCAGCACCCGAAAGUCCCUUUUUAUCAUUUAUGACACGUUGGGACAACGGUGAGGACGAACCCAUGAGUCCGUGGGACAUGGAGCCACCUGAUCCUUCUCAUCCGCCACUAGAGCCCGGCGCUUCAGUACCUGUUCUUCCGGAAGAAACUCAAGCACUAUUGUACUGCCCUCGUUCAGACGAAUGGCCUAAUGGAGAUAGAGAUGCCACUUGCCGUAGAAUUAUCGUCGGACUAAAUAAAGUCAUGAACCUUGCUAUCGCCGAGCCUUUUAUCGCUCCCGUCGAUCUUAAUCAUUAUCCGUCGUAUGCAAUGUCCGUAGAAUAUCCCAUUGAUCUCUCGACCAUUAAGGCACGAUUGGAAAAUCGUUUUUACCGAAGGUUAACGGCAGUUCAAUUUGAUGUUCGAUAUUUGGCAACCAAUGCGGAAAAGUUUAACGAAGCUCACAGUCAAAUUGUUAAACACGCUAGAAUAAUUACGGAUUUGUGCAUGCGAAUCAUUUCAGACAGAGUGGAAACCGACGUGGGGGCUGUUUAUCAUCAAUUGACGGAUACUUAUUAUUCAUCACCGAGUGAAGCCGAAAGUGAUCACGACAUAGAUCGUCCCGGGCCUAGUGGUAGUAGUAGUAAUAAAAAACCUGUUUUCGAUUGGAAAGUAGCCUGUGAAAAAUUAUUGAGAGAAAUGUGGGAUCGAUCGGAUUCUUUUCCCUUUCGACAACCUGUUGAUAUUACGGAGCAUCCAGAUUAUUUAAAGGUGAUAGAAUGUCCCAUGGAUUUGGGUACCGUCAAAGAAGAGCUUCAAGCAGGAAAUUACCAUUCUCCGAAAGAUUUUUAUAAAGAUAUUCGUUUAAUAUUUGCUAAUUCCAAAAAUUACAACACUAAUAAAAGAUCUAGGAUUUUUUCAAUGACCGUUAGAUUAUCAAACAUGUUCGAGGAUAGAAUGAAGCAAAUAAUGUUUCAAUGGAAAACUAAAAGACGGAAAAUGGCACUCGAAGAAUUAAGGUCUCAAAAAUUGAAGGCACAAUCAAAGGAUUUGAGUCGUCCCGGACCUUCCAAAGAAAACGGUUUUUCAGAAUCCGAUAUAGAAUCUGAAGAUCCCGUUGAUGAACAUUUGAAAUUAUCAACCCUAAGAAACACUUAUUUAAAACAAAAUGAAACCUCAAAGAAAAAACUACGCGAUAGUGAUUUUUCAAACAGUUCUAGCUCUGAAGAAGAAAGUUCUGAUGAUACAUAUAAGCCAAAUGGAACGUUACGCACAAGAAACAGAGGAAAGCAAAGUAUUCAGUAUAAAGAUCAUUCGUAUGAAAGUUCUGAAGAAUCGGACGGUAGUAGUGAUAGUAGCAGUCCAAUAAUACGAAGAAGGGGGAAAAAAAGACAAAGAAACAGUAAUAAAUCAGAUAACAGCGAAACAAGUACAAUUCGACAGACAAGGUCGAGUAAAGUUCGAAAAAGAAAUGCUAUUGAAAGUGAUAGUCCUUAUACAACAAAUUCAGAAAAUAACGAGGAUAGCUCAAGUUCUACAGUUGGUACGCCUUCUUACACUGUCAGCAGUCGCGGUAGAGUUCGAAAAUUGACAGAAAGAGCUCGAGCCCUGCUUAAUAAAGACUGA